GGUACUCAGAGAAAACCCAAAAAUCUUCCUCCCCUUGAUCCAGAAGUUCUUUCUGUAUUUGUGCCUCCAUUUAUCAGCAGAGACGAUACUCAGGUGACUAACACAAGUGGUAAUAACUUGAAUAAAAGUAAACGCCGGUCUUUCCGAAAGAAGAAAGAGAGACCAAAGAUUGAAAAUGUCAAGAGUAUCAAUGGGGAGCAGAAAGCAUCUGACACUGAAGAUGUUACAGUUCCAAAGGACAUUGAUCUUAUCGGUUUGCCGCAGCUAUGCUUCCCAGGAGGACUUCAUAUAACUUCUGAAUCAAAAGAGGACCACAUUCAUUUCCUGGUCUUCACAGAUGUCUGUGGUAACAGAACAUACGGUGUUGUUGCACAGUACUACCAGCCUAUGCAAGAUGGCUGUAUUUCCUCGAAUGGACAGGCCUAUUGGGAAUCUGCACAGCCCGGGAAGAUGCCAGUGUGUUUCAUACCAUUCGCUAUUUGCGUUAUAUCCAGAUAUCCAUAUUUUAAUGCCCUCAAGGAUUGUCUGUCUUGCUUACUAGUGCAACUGCGACCUUUCAAGGAUUUAGAUGUUGAGGAGCACGUAAAGGAGUUUGCAGCAAAAUUAUUUUUAAUACCCAGCCCGCCACCAGGACCACUCCACUUGGUAUUUAAUAUGAAACCACUUCAAAUAAUAAUUCCUUCACGAGAGGAUCCAGACAGUCCAAUUAUUGACUUGGAUCUUCAUCUUCCGUUGCUGUGUUUCAAGCCAGAACAGGUGCUGCAGAUUAUGACCUGUAUUUUGACUGAGCAGAGAAUAGUUUUCUUCUCUUCUGAUUGGUCUCUGCUGACACUCGUUGCUGAAUGCUUUAUGUUGUACCUUCAUCCUCUUCAGUGGCAACACACUUUUGUGCCUAUUCUGUCUCGUCAGAUGCUGGAUUUUGUAAUGGCUCCAACAUCUUUUCUUAUGGGAUGUCAUAUUGAUCAUUUUGAAGAAGUUAGCAGGGAAACUGAAGACUUAAUUCUAAUUGAUAUUGAUAAUGGAGAUAUCACACAUUCAAAAAUGGCUGAAGAGGAGCCUGAAAUUCCAGAUGUUCCAGCACAAGCAGCAGAAACUUUCAUAAAAAGAGUGGAGAGUCUUCAGCUGCAUUAUGAUCUAGAGCUCUGCCAUCUCCGAGCCAGCACGGAUCUUGGUGAACUCCAAAUGCGUAGAAGGGCUUGGCAACAGAAACUGAAUACAGAAGUUCAGCAAAUGACUUUGCAGUUAAUUGUUAAUAUCUUCAGGGAGGUAAAAGACCAUCUAAAUUACGAACACAGAGUGUUUAACAGUGAAGAAUUUCUGAAAACAAGGGCAAUCGGAGACCAGCCAUUUUACAAAAAGGUUUUAGAGACCUACAUGUUUCACUCUUUUCUUAAAGCUCGUCUGAACAGAAAGAUGGAUGCUUUCGCUCGACUUGAGUUGAGUACCCAGUCUGAAGAGGAUAGAUUAAACUUGAUGUUUCAUACCCCGAGAAGACUGACUAUGGAGAAAAUGGCUUCUAAACGAUUUAAUCCACAGUACAUGAUCAGUAGGCGUAUGGUAAUCAGUAUGCCUAAUCUGCAAGAUAUCAAGCUACCAGAGGGCCCUACUAGAAAUUCCUCACUUCGAAGAAUAGAAACAGGUGUUGCUGUGAAAAUGCCCUCCAAAUCAGUCAGUACAUUCAAAAUCCCAGAAAUUCACUUUCCUCUGAUGUCCCAGUGUGUUCACUCCUACUAUACAGACUUCUUCAACCAUCUCAGCAAAGCUAUAAAUACCUCACCACCCGAUAACUCAGCGUUGCUGGCGAGGUACUUCUACCUCCGGGGACUUAUUAGCUUGAUGCAAGGGAAACUACUAAAUGCACUUUCUGACUUUCAGAACCUAGAUAAAACAGACUUAAGAAUUUUCCCUACUGAUCUUGUAAGGAAAAUAGUGGAAGUCAUGCCUCCUUCUGAGCGUUCGCAAGCAGACCGCAGACCUGAGCUGAAGAAGCUGAUAAGUCGAGUGAUGGAAAAACAAAGAGAAGUUAUGAAAAUAGAUGACCAUGUAAAAAAUUUUGAAUUGCCGAAAACACACAUGCAACUAGAUGACUUUGUGAAGCGAAUCCAGGAAUCUGGGAUUGUCAAAGAUAUAGACACUAUACAUCGAUUAUUUGAUGCCCUAACAGUAGGACAUCAGAAACAAAUCGAUCCUGAAACAUUCAGAGAUUUCUACAACUACUGGAAAGAAACUGAAGCAGAAGCUCAAGAAGUGAAUCUGCCACCAACGGUAAUAGAGCGUCUAGAUAAAAAUGAAUGUGUCUACAAGUUAUCCUGCUCAGUUAAAACUAACUAUGGUGUAGGAAAAAUAGCUCUGACCCAGAAGCGCUUGUUCCUUUUGACUGAAGGAGGACGUCCUGGCUAUGUCCAGAUUGCUGCUUUCAGGGAUAUAGAGGAUGUUAAGAGUACAACUGUAGCUUUCCUUCUUUUGAGAAUACCUACUCUGAGGAUUAAAACAUUAUCUAAGAAAGAAGUCUUUGAAGCUAACCUGAAAACUGAGUGUGAUCUCUGGUACCUGAUAGUGAAAGAAAUGUGGGCUGGAAAGAAAAUGGCAGAUGAUCACAAGGAUCCUCAGUAUAUUCAGCAAGCACUGACAAAUGUUCUCCUGAUGGAUGCUGUGGUUGGUGCCCUCCAGUCCUCCAAAACCAUAUAUGCAGCCUCUAAACUGUCUUAUUUUGACAGGAUGAAAAAUGAAGUGCCUAUGAUGGUCCCCAAAACAACUUCAGAGACAUUAAAGCACAAGAUCAACCCCUCAGCUGGUGAGACAUUUCCACAGGCAAUAGAUGUCUUGCUUUAUACGCCAGGGCAUCUUGACCCUUCAGAAAGACCUGACAAUGCUCAUCCAAAACUAUGGUGUGCUUUAAAUGAGGGGAGAGUGGUGGUCUUUGAUGCAUCUACCUGGUCUAUUCAACAACACUGUUUCAAAAUGGGCCGCUCUAAACUG